GUGCAGCGCGAGUUACAGUAAUCGGGAGGGAGCAUACCGAGAAUAUCGCAGAACAGUGCACAUGUCAGCGCUAGACAUCCAGGUAUAUGCUUCGCUCUCGCAGUCGACCGCUAUAACUGGAGCAGCGUGUGUGCCUGCUGGCCAGCCGACUUUCCUCUUUCAUGUCUGCAGUUCCUCCUACCUUGCAUUUCCCCGCGCCCAUUGGUGGUGUUCCUUCCCAUGAUGAUUUCCCUCCUUCACUGUUAUUCGAGAUCCUGUAUGUGAUGUUGAUUCCUCUCAUCGUAUUCAGAUUUGCUUCCAGGGCUUCGCGUACCAUGGCCAUCAUCAAUAUCGUAGCGACGACUACGGAGCGCGUCGUCAGCUUUGCUCUCCGCAUGGCGGAGGCUAACAAUCCGGCCCUUCGGAUGACGAAGCUCUUCGUCGAUUGGCUCCAGGGCGCAUACAUCGCGACGUUCAUUUCCAUAGGAAAUGACAUCGUGCACAUCGGCCGCGCGUACCUCGUCAGUACGACGCUCGGCGCAGAGCCAGAAAUGUUGGCGAUGACAUCGCGGCUCCCGACGAUAAUGUGCAGGCCUGGUGGCAGCAGUGCCGUAGAGACGAAGGCGCCUUCAAAGCAGGAAGAAGUGGACAUUGCGAGCAUAAGCAUUCUUCCUGACGAACCUGGGAGGCGACGCCGCAUCCGGGUUGUCUGCACUGCCAUAGCAAUAAUUCUCGUCGUCGGCGGGCUCACGGCGCCAGUGGAGAGCGCCAUGUAUUACACAUCGAUGACGGAUCCAUCCAAAGUGAAGCCUACCCAACUGGUCAGAGUCAUCGGAACAAUCCUCGGGUUAAUUGGCCUGCAGUCUAUGAACAUCUUCAUGCUCCACGCUUGGAUGACACGCCCAAGACGAGUGCAAUUUCAGCGCAUCCUUUACCUCUGUUGUAUCUGUUGCAUCCUUACGAUCACUGCCGUGUACCGUCUCGCGGUUAUGCCGAGCACGACCACCUCUUUGCUGCCCAGUGCCCCGGACCCGCUCAAUGGCCCUAUAGCCAAGGCUCUGUUUUACGUGUUCCACAUCGUCCCGGAGUGGCUCGCGGCUGUUUUGGUGCUCUGUAUCAAUGUCAGAGUGGUCUAUAACACCGGGUUCGGAGGCGACUUGCGUGUUAAAGACAAGAUGUGAUUUGGGAGAAACGACGUGCUAGGUUAGAAUGAACGAGUAGAGCGGAGGGCAUUGAUUGUACUUGCAUCUUGGCUCGGACAUGUCGUUUGUGGUGUAUUAUCAGGAACAGCCGGCUCUUAGACCACGCCUGCAGGACAUCACACUGAUGAAGGUAGCAUAGCAUGCAGCAAAUACUCACAUUCAACCUCCUGAAUACUUCCACGAAUGUGCAUGUUUUUGCUGCCCACUCAAG